AUGAAUGUGCUCAGACUUCAACGUUCACACAGAAAGUUUCCACAAUUUGAGCAAGGGGAAAUAUUUUCCCUCCAAGAUGCAUUUAGGAAGUUAGACAUCGACGAGAAGGGGUAUGUGGAUGAAACAACUGUGAUUAAGUCAGCUCAACAAUCAGAACGUCAACCGUACGACAUCGUACGCCAAGCGCUGAAGGAGGUCGAACUCGACAGUUCUCGUCGAGUCGAGUUUGAAGACUAUGUGGAUCUCAUCUCUAAACUUCGUGCAACUCCGGGGCAAGGAAGAUCCGGCGAUACCUCAACCACCGCUGUUUUACCUGGAAACGGAACUGGCUCUCGUCAUGUCUCGAAAGGCAGCAUCGGGGGUAAAAUCCAUGUGCAAGGAUCUUCCGCAAAUGUCACACAUACGAUCAACGAGGACGAAAGAACCGAGUUCACGAGACACAUAAAUGCUGUCCUUGCUGGCGACCCAGACAUUGGUCAAGCCUUACCUUUCCCCACAGACACUUUUGAGAUGUUCGACAAAUGCAAAGAUGGCUUGGUUUUGGCAAAAUUAAUCAAUGACAGUGUACCUGAUACCAUUGAUGAGCGUGUCUUGAAUAAGAGUGGGAAGAAGAUAAAGGAGCUUAACGCCUUCCACAUGACUGAAAAUAAUAAUAUUGUGAUUAACUCGGCGAAGGGUAUUGGUUGCUCUGUCGUGAACAUUGGAAGCGGUGAUAUCAUAGAAGUACGAGAGCACCUGAUCCUAGGUCUAAUCUGGCAGAUCAUCCGCCGAGGCCUCCUUGGCAAGAUCGACAUAAAACUCCAUCCUGAAUUAUAUAGACUCCUGGAAGAUGAUGAAACUUUGGAGCAAUUCCUCCGUCUCCCUCCGGAGCAGAUACUACUGCGCUGGUUCAACUACCAUCUAAGCAAUGCAAAGUGGAAUAGAAGAGUCACCAACUUUUCCGCUGAUGUAAAGGAUGGUGAAAACUAUGCAGUUCUUCUUAACCAACUGGCACCUGACAUCUGUUCGCGUGGUCCUCUGCAGACCAAGGACCUGCUCCAACGAGCCGAACAGGUCUUGGACAAUGCAGAUAGGCUGGGAUGUCGAAAGUUCUUGACGCCUACCUCCCUUGUGGCCGGGAACCCAAAACUCAACCUUGCGUUUGUGGCUAAUCUGUUUAAUACGAUUCCUGGCCUUGACCCAAUAACCGAGGAGGAAAAGCUCGAGGUUGAAGAUUUCGAUGCUGAAGGGGAACGGGAGGCUAGAGUAUUCACCCUUUGGCUGAAUUCCCUGGAUGUUCAACCCACAGUCAACUCUUUGUUUGACGACCUUCGGGAUGGGACCGUUUUGCUGCAGGCAUACGAUAAGGUCAUCCCUGGCACUGUUAAUUGGAGACACGUUAACAAGCCACCGGUCUCAGGUGGUGAGAUGUUGCGAUUUAAGGCCGUUGAGAACACAAACUAUGCUACUGAGCUUGGAAAACAUAUCGGUUUCUCUCUUGUCGGCGUUCAGGGGGCAGAUAUCACCGAUGGCCAGCGCACCCUUACACUAGGACUUGUAUGGCAGUUGAUGCGAAGGGAUAUCACAAACACCCUCUUGGGCUUAGCACAGCGGAUGGGCAAGCGUGAAAUUACAGAUUCUGAAAUGAUUCGAUGGGCAAAUGACAUGUCACAAAAAGGAGGCCGAAAUUCGUCCAUUCGCAGCUUUAAGGAUCAGUCCAUUGGAUCUGGUAUAUUCCUUCUUGACGUGCUUAAUGGCAUGAAAAGUAGCUAUGUGGAUUACGAACUCGUAACUCUGGGCCGGACAGAUGAGGAAGCCUAUGCAAAUGCUAAAUUAAGCAUCAGCAUAGCACGAAAGCUGGGCGCAACUAUCUGGUUGGUACCUGAGGAUAUCUGCCAGGUUCGAUCUCGUCUGGUAACCACGUUCAUUGCACGUCCCAACAUGCCUUGCACGGAUGCCCAGUUUAGCACUGGCGAGCAGGACACUCUACAAUGGUCCAAAGGUGAAGAUCACACAGUUACCCACACGCACCGCCUUAGUUUUCACCGUUACCCUAAUGACUGCCCCCUGCCGAAAGUAAGGUGGUUUUAUGCUGUGGACUCCCCCAAGCGGAAAUCAAUGCUAUGGGAUCGAGAGAAUAAGGAUACAAAACCACUGCCACCGCCAAAAAAAUUUGUUCCCUUUUCCUCCAGGGACUCUCAGGCGAUAGAAGCCGCAUUUCAGAAAUUGUCUGACAUCGAAAAUGCGUGUGAGCACCCCAGUUAUACCUACAAAUGUGGACAGACGCAACGCAAUUCUAUCAAGGUAGCUGUCAACGAGGACUGUCUUUUCGAUGUCGACGUGGAGAAGAGAGAGCUGAGCCCGGCAUACUGGGCAGGCCCUGUUUACGAAGUUCGUCGCGGUACGUGGUUCCUCCAAGAAGGGUCCGCGAUUAAACCCUGCGAGGAGAAUUUAGCCUCUCAACUGGAGGAAGGCUACCUCAAGGUCAAACCAUGGCGCGUCGAGGAUCUCCUAGGCUCUUCUGCGCGGCCUUCCUCGGCCAUGGGCUUCCAAGCCAUAGCGCCUAAUACUCCACGCAGUCGUACUGAAGAUACUACGAAUAUAGCCCCUGCAGCAGGCGCAGUGUUGACAAAUGAUGACUUCAUGUCGCGUAUGAGCACCACUGUGUACCAGAAGCUGGGUGGUGUCCCGGGCACAAGAGUGAUACGUGGGUUUGCUGAAACAAAGAAGGGAAAAGACGCGCGGAAACCAACGGGACAGGCCUUGCAUAGGCCCUCAGAAGUACGGAUUAAUGCCUCAGAAAGCAGUGCAUAUAACUUCCUGAAACCUGAUUCACAGCGUGAUAUCGCUGCUGAGACAAUUUCAAAGCCAGCGCUGGAAAGGCAACUGUCCUCUUUGGCUGACGGUGCAAAGAAUGAGCCCGAACUUGAAGAACAAGCAUAUGGACAGGAGGAGGAGGAGAUGGAGGAUUCUCGAGAAGCUGAUAACGAUGAUAGGGAGCGGGAGAUCGAUCACCUUGUUCUCGUCACACAUGGCAUCGGCCAGCGUCUUGGACUACGGCUAGAGAGUAUCAAUUUCAUACACGAUGUGAAUGUCUUGCGGAAAACUAUGAAGAGUGUUUAUAAAGCCUCAUCUGACCUCCAAGCCCUUAAUUCCGCCUUUCCAGACGAGCAGACGAACUGUCGGGUCCAAGUACUUCCUGUAUGUUGGAGGCACUUAAUUGACUUCCCGUAUCGAGCGGUGAAACAGCCCCGUAAAGAGUUUGACCUCGCCGACGCGGAUUUCGUUGAGGAUGACCAAUUUCCAAGCUUGGCCGAUAUUACAUUGGACAAUGUACCGGCAGUUCGAAACCUGAUUUCAGAUUUGGCGAUGGAUGUGCUUCUAUAUCAAAGCGCGUAUUGUGAGCAUAUCUCCAACAUUGUCAGUCAAGAAAGCAACCGAAUCCUCAAGCUCUUUAAAGAACGCAACCCGUCCUUUAAAGGGUCUGUCAGCUUUUGUGGUCAUUCACUGGGCAGUGCCAUUCUUUUUGAUAUCCUUUGCUCUGAGCAGCUUGGCAGUGGCCUUCGGCACGAUCAUACUACCCCAUCAAAGAAACCAGAACAGCAGCAGCUGGAUUUUGAUUGUGAAGAACUCUUUUGUCUUGGUUCGCCUAUUGCACUCUUUCAGAUGCUUAAAGGGAACACUAUUGCUGGGCGGUCUACAUUACACGCCAGCAGAGCUACAAAAUCGUUCUAUUCAGAGGGACGAACAGAAGGCAGUCGUGUGGGGCAAAGUGUUGGAUCUUUGUGGAAUAACUUUACUUCUGGUGUUGCCAGUAGCCUGCUCAACCGCAGUCUUGGUCUUGGUUCGGACGACGCCACGAAUCAGCCUUCAUCCUCUGGCACUUUUCAAUCCCAACAGUCACAAUUGUCGCCAAAUACAGAUAGUGGUAUUCCUCGUCGAGACCAGCAUCUUACACUUAUAGAAUCGAAUUUGGAGACGCUUUAUGAAGGGUUCCAGAAGUCCAGGCGGGAAUGCAGAGAUGUCUCUUCGGAGUCCAAGGGCGGUAUCUCUGGCGAAUAUGAUGAAUUUGGUGAUCAUAUGAGAAAAAUACGAUUAGAAGAUGCAAAGGUGAGGGCAUUGAACUCUAGUGGGCGUGUUGAUUAUAGUAUCCAGGAGUAA